AUGGAGCAGCAAGAGCCGCAGGGAAGAAGAAAGAACCAAGAACUAACGUCCAAGUUCGCAAGGCCUUGCAGAGAGGCGAUGAAGGAAGAGCUUAAAGAGAGAAGAGCAGAAGUGCUGGCUGAAGCUACAGUGGCGGGAAAAAGCAUCCGCUAUGCCCGUCGAGACUUCGCCAGUCGCAAGACGAGGAUGACUGCUCUCCGGAACCCGAAGGGAACAACCAUCGAGAAGAAGGUUGGAGAAAAUCAUCUGCGACUUCUACUCUGGUCUCUUCGACAGCCAUGUCCGCUUGCCUCCUCACCAUCUGAGUGA